UCUGAAUUCUGUCUGAAAGCUUGGGCAGGAAGAAUGCUACAGUCAGACAAAGGAGCAGAUGCACCUGACAAGGACAUGAAGCUUUCUUCAGCAACCAAUCCGGAGAAUGGUCUUUCCCAGAUCGUGAAGCUUGUGCUGCAAGAGCUGAACCUGUUCUACAGCCGAGAUGUGAAUGGAGUGCGUCUCCUCUAUGAUCUUCUCCAUUCCCCGUGGCUGCAGGCACUGUUGAAGGUUUAUGAUUGUCUCCAGGAAUUUAAAGAGAAGAAAUUCGUUCCUGCCACAAUGCAUGCACAGGCGUUAUCCUGUGAGGUAGUGGAGACAUUACGUGAAAUACCGAAUUCUCCUGAGAUCCAAGAACUGAGACAAAUCCUCCAGGCUCCACACUUUAAGGCCUUGCUCAGUGCCCAAGACACUGUGGCUCAGAAAGAUUUUGAACCCCUUCUCCCCCCACUGCCAGACAAUAUCCCUGAGAAUGAGGAAGCAAUGAGGAUUGUUUGUUUGGUGAAAAACCAACAGCCCCUGGGAGCAACCAUCAAGCGCCAUGAGAUGACAGGGGACAUCUUGGUGGCCAGAAUCAUCCAUGGCGGGCUGGCUGAGAGGAGUGGGUUGUUAUAUGCUGGAGACAAACUGGUGGAAGUGAAUGGAGUUUCAGUCAAGGGACUGGACCCCGAGCAAGUGAUCCAUAUCCUGGCCAUGUCUCGUGGCACGAUCAUGUUCAAAGUGGUUCCAGUUUCUGACCCUCCUGUUAAUAGCCAGAAGAUGGUGUACGUUCGUGCCAUGACUGAGUACUGGCCGCAGGAGGAUCCUGCCAUCCCCUGCAUGGAAGCUGGGUUGCCUUUCCAGAAGGGGGACAUCCUGCAGAUUGUGGACCAGAACGAUGCCCUCUGGUGGCAGGCACGGAAAAUCUCAGAUCUCGGGGCUUGUGCUGGCCUAAUCCCCUCUAACCACCUUCUGAAGAGAAAGCAACGGGAGUUCUGGCGGACUCAGCCACACCAGCCUCACAGCCGCCUCAGAUCAACCAUCUCAGUUUCGAUGGACGAAGAAGAUGACAUGAAGAUUGAUGAGAAAUGUGUGGAAGCAGAUGAAGAAACAUUUGAAUCUGAGGAACUUUCAGAAGACAAGGAGGAAUUUGUUGGCUAUGGUCAGAAGUUCUUUAUCGCGGGCUUCCGCCGCAGCAUGCGCCUCUGUCGCCGGAGGGCUCACCUCAGCCGGCCGCGCGCCAGUGUGUCCUGCGCCCCCAGCGGCGGCGGUGCCCCGCGCGCCCCUUACGAGGAGGUGGUGAGCUACCAGCGCCGCCCUUCGGACAAACACCGCCUCGUAGUGCUCGUGGGACCUUCUGGUGUUGGAGUAAAUGAACUGAGGAGACAACUCAUUGAACUUAAUCCUAACUGCUUUCAAAGUGCUGUGCCACACACUACUCGUUCCAAAAAGAGUUAUGAAAUGGAUGGGCGUGAGUAUCACUAUGUGUCAAAGGAAACAUUUGAAAGCCUCAUGUACAGUCACAGGAUGCUCGAGUAUGGUGAGUACAAAGGCCACUUGUAUGGCACCAGUGUGGAUGCUGUUAAAGUGGUCCUUGAUGAAGGAAAGAUCUGUGUCAUGGACUUAGAGCCUCAGGGUAUUCAAGCAGCUAGAACCCAUGAACUGAAGCCCUAUGUCAUAUUUAUAAAGCCAUCUAACGUGAGUUGUAUGAAGCAAUCUCGGAAAAAUGCCAAGAUAAUUACAGAGUACUUUGUGGAUAUGAAAUUCAAGGAUGAAGAUCUACAAGAGAUGGAGGAUUUAGCUCAAAAAAUGGAGACUCAGUUUGGCCAUUUUUUUGAUCACAUGAUUGUGAAUGACAACUUGCAAGAUGCAUGUGCUCAGUUGUUGUCUGAAGUUCAGAAGGCUCAGGAGGAGCCUCACUGGGUACCAGCAACAUGGGUUACCUCUGAUACUGAGUCUUAA